AUCCCAUUCCUUCCUCUCCCACGUCUCCAGCUCCUCCUCCUUCCCUUCCUCGCGCGCGCGCUCCUCUUCUCCGCUCUCCCCUCCUCGUGCGCUCGUGUUCACCGAGAUCAGCCAAACGGCCACGCGCAAGCUCGCCAUGGAGCAGACCGGCGGCAAGGGCGACCACGACUCGCGGCUGAUGCGCGACCUCUGCACGCUGCUCGUCACCAUCAUCGCCCCCGUCGCGGCGGCGUCCUCGGUGGACUCGCCCCGGAGGCCCGUGGCGCGGCGCCCGCGGGGCGGCAUGUCACCGGCGAGCGCGGCGUCGAUGCUUCUGGGCGCGUCGAUGGCGCUGAUGCUGUGCGGGUCCGUGACGUUCGCCAUCGGUUUCCUCCUCAUGCCGUGGGUCGCCGGCGUCGCGCUGCUCUUCGGCUUCGCCGGCGUCAUCUCCACCCUCUCCUCCGGCCUCCUCCCCUCGUCCUCGCCGUCCUCCUCCAAGGAUAAGGAGCGACGGCUGCUGAUGCCGACGCAAGGGCGUGUCCGUGCCUCUGCCCCGAUGAGCUCUGUCCCGGAUAAGCUCGUGGCGUGGCGUUGAUCUGUUCUUGAAAUUUAGUUAAUUACUAAUCAAUUAGGGCGGGAUUAGGAUGGGUAAUUCCUGUGUAAAAAACGCUUCCCUUUUGCUGUUGUUGUACGUUUCCAGUCGCAAGAGAUGCUGAUGAUUUACUACCGGCACAAGCAACAUUUAUUAUAUGUGUUAUUGUUU